AACGACACUAGCAUAGCAUAGUAGUAGCUGUAGUUGAAUUUUCCCGAGAAAAUUUAAGCAUAGCUUUGUUGAACUCUCCUUUCAGCGAAGAAAGAAUGUGGAAACUCGCACGAUUCGCUGCGGCGGCAUCCAAUCUCGCACGAUGGCGGCGAUUCUCCACGGCGAUUCCUGGUCCUUGCAUUGUUCACAAGCGCGGUGCUGACAUCCUCCACGAUCCCUGGUUCAACAAGGAUACUGGGUUUCCUUUGACUGAAAGGGAUAGAUUGGGGCUUCGGGGCCUCCUUCCUCCUCGUGUUAUAUCAUUUGAGCAGCAAUAUGAUCGCUUUAUGAAUUCAUACCGAUCUUUGGAGAAGAACACUCAGGGCCAACCGGAUAAAGUUGUUUCCCUAGCAAAAUGGAGAAUCUUAAAUAGACUGCAUGACAGGAAUGAGACUUUGUACUAUAGAGUUCUUAUUGAUAAUAUUAAAGAGUUUGCUCCGAUAAUAUAUACUCCUACUGUUGGAUUAGUGUGUCAAAAUUAUUCAGGGUUAUUUAGACGUCCACGCGGGAUGUAUUUUAGUGCCAAAGAUAAAGGAGAGAUGAUGUCAAUGAUCUAUAACUGGCCAGCUCAUCAGGUAGACAUGAUUGUCUUGACAGAUGGAAGUCGAAUUCUUGGCUUAGGUGACCUUGGAGUUCAGGGGAUUGGAAUACCAAUCGGAAAACUUGAUGUGUAUGUUGCUGCUGCUGGUAUCAACCCACAAAGAAUACUUCCAGUGAUGCUAGAUGUUGGUACCAACAAUCAAAAGCUUUUGGAAGACCGCCUUUAUUUAGGACUUCGACAACCAAGGUUGGAAGGUGAAGAGUAUAUAUCAGUUGUGGAUGAAUUCAUGGAAGCUGUUCAUGCUCGAUGGCCUAAGGCUAUUGUACAGUUUGAGGAUUUCCAAAUGAAGUGGGCUUUUGAAACCCUGGAACGAUAUCAGAAAAGGUUUUGCAUGUUUAAUGAUGAUAUACAGGGCACUGCUGGUGUUGCACUUGCUGGAUUAUUGGGAACUGUGAGAGCCCAAGGUCAACCAUUGUCUGAUUUUGUGAACCAAAAGAUAGUUGUGGUUGGAGCUGGGAGUGCAGGGCUUGGGGUUCUAAAAAUGGCUGUCCAGGCAAUUGCAAAGAUGUCUGGGUGCAGUGAAUUAGCUGCCAAAAGUCAAUUCUUUUUGAUUGAUAAAGAUGGUCUAGUCACGACAGAAAGGAACAAUCUAGAUCCAGCUGCAGCCCCAUUUGCUAAAAAUCCAAGAGACAUAGAGGGGCUUACAGAGGGUGCUAGUAUAAUUGAAGUGGUUAAGAAGGUUAAGCCACAUGUGCUUCUUGGUUUGUCUGGCGUUGGUGGUAUUUUUUAUGAGGAGGUGCUUAAGGCAAUGAGAGAAUCUGUUUCAACAAAACCCGCUAUCUUUGCCAUGUCUAAUCCCACCAUGAAUGCUGAGUGCACUGCUAUUGAUGCCUUUACUCAUGCUGGGGAAAAUAUAGUGUUUGCAAGUGGAAGCCCUUUUGAAAAUGUAGAUCUUGGUAAUGGAAAAGUGGGCCACGUAAAUCAAGCUAACAACAUGUACCUGUUCCCAGGAAUUGGUUUGGGAACUCUUUUGUCAGGUGCUCGUCUUAUAACAGAUGGAAUGUUGCAGGCAGCUUCUGAAUGCCUUGCUUCAUACAUGGUCGAGGAAGAUAUCUUAAAUGGAGUUUUGUAUCCAUCCGUUAAUAGCAUACGAGAUGUUACAGCAGAGGUUGGGGCUGCUGUGCUUCGAGCAGCAGUUGAAGAAGAGCUAGCAGAAGGACAUGGUGAUGUAGGACCCAGAGAACUAGUAAACAUGUCAAAAGAGGAGACUGUGGAGUAUGUCCGAAGGAAUAUGUGGUACCCUGUAUAUUCUCCUCUAGUUCAUGAAAAGUAAUUCGUGAUGCACAAUUUUUUAAGGCUUUGUACAAUUCACAUCUCAAAGUGCUGCAGCCAAGCCUUUUCUAUCUUUGUUUUCUAAUGUUCUUAAUUAACAAAGAGCAAAUUGAGUAUUGAGGGCAUAUAGCGAAAUGGGGAAAGAUAUGUCCCCAUUUGUUUCGGCCGUGAAUUAUCAUGAGUGUAUUAGCAUCGAAAUUUGACUUUUCUAAGUUCCAUGUAUAUUAUAUUUUUUAUGUUGGAGACAGUUAUUAAUAGAUCUCUGUAACAUUGAUGACCAUUACGGUGGAUAGAUUCGUUGUUAACAUUAUUUAUAUGAAUACUGUUGGGAUUGUUUGUACAAA